AUGAUGUUGCCUUGGACGGUGCUGAUCGCAAGCAUUGUGUCGUCCGCAAGCCUCGCGCCUGCACCGGAAGAAUGUGGGGAUAGCCUUCCUACGAUGAGGGGUUUCGACUUUGACUUCACAGCGACCUUCUUCGAGCUUGACGAGGCUUUUGACCUGCCCCCCAAUGUGACAGCAGAAGAGAUGGCCUCCAGCCUCGUCCCAGUUCCACCGACGAGCGGGAUCUUCAACACCACUCCGAGAGUGAAAGCACGCAACGUGACGGGCACCUUCGGGAUGCCACGUCAGGAGGAUACAUUCGCGGUUUUUCCUGGGCAAAGCUUCUACAUCCGCUGGAGCGAGGACUCAUGGAAUGAGGAAGAUUCCGACAGGCCGCCUCUCGGUUUCACGAGUCUCGCUUGCGGUUUUCGGAGCUCGUACAACGUCGGCGUCAAGAACUCCUUUGAGUGCACGGAGUAUCUCUUCAAUUACACUCUCGUCCUUGACAUCACGCAUUUCGCCCCAAAUGCGUGCGAACCGCAGCGCAUGGAGUUCAUAGGUGUGAGGUCUGCUGCCGAUGCGCCUGCCGGCUUCACAUUCGACCUUUCGACCUUUCCCUUGCCCGUCCUUUUGUUCGAUCGCCGGAGGGAGGCCAUGCUCGGCACAGCAGUUCGCCGUCCCUCUCUACUACAAGAGGCAUCAGCGCAGCCAGGGUACUACGGAACCCGCUCACGCUACAGUCGCUAUGGCCGCAAGUGGCUUCCAUGGCGCGCUCAUAGCUACUUUCGCAAGCGCCGCGACGCAACACCGGGACAGCAAGCCACCUCGACCCCUGCCCCAUCAGACGUUUGUGCUCGUCCAAGACUGAACGGCCUAACUUUGCCGAUGACUGGAGUUGCAUCCCAGCCAACGCAGACCUUGAACGUCGUGGGCCUUGCGAAGUUUACUGAGUACGAUCAGAGCGGGUCAAUCAGCGAUGGUGGACCCUUCGUACUGAUCGUUGCAGAACUGAACAACUCCGACGACAGUUCCCUGCCUGUGCAAAGACAGAUCUUCCACUGCGCUUCCCUGAAUUCCGGCACGGUUCUCUGCACCAAUCAGUUCCUGAACGUGCUCGGGCGCGUGAACUUCGGAGCUUUGGGACGGGACUGCGUGCCUGAGCAGGUUCAACUGUUUGGCUUGUACAGGUUUCUGGAGGAAACCGCCUUCGGCCCAGUGUACUUUGAGAGUCCGGACUUCCCAAAGGACCUUUCGGGGAAGUGUAACGGUGCGUAUCCGAACCUCGUGCAGCUCCAGUGCUACUUGAAAGCGGAUGCGUUUUAUGGUGGAUUUGGUGGGUUCUUGACGCAGGAGAUCUUGUCCGUCGAGUUCCAGGGCGAUUUGGAUGGAACACCACGAGUAGGUGGACGCCAAGUUCGAUUCCGCGUUUGGACGAAUGAGACCGCCGUAUGCACCUUCGAGACCGUGGAUACACUUGCAUGCCUCUUCGAGAACACUUGCACGAACAUCCGAGUCAAGGUGGACCUGGACGAUCAGUGCAACGGGGUAUCAUUCGGAUUCCUCGGUUCUUCGGGUGGAUGGUGUUCAGGCGUGAGAGUUGAGGGCCCGAACGGGCCCGCCUACCGUUUCUAUGUUCCACCGCCGACCGCAUACAACUGGAACGGCUAUUGUUUGCCGGCCGAAGGCAAAUCUGCCUUCGAGGUGUACAACUGCGAUUGUGUGCCCUAUGGGUAUCCCGGGUUUGAGUUCGAGUGUGCUUUUCAGUUCAUGACGCUGGAGCGGUACAUCGAGCUUGGCGUGCCUUGGUGUGUGGCGCUGUUGGGCGAAUCGCCGAGCGAGUGUGAAGGAACAUUAGAGAUUUUUGCAUAUGCAGUCAACUACGCCUUUUCUUUUGGUGGGGAUCCAAUUAUACCAACCUGGUGGACUUGUGAUGCAGUCCGAAAAGCCGCAAUUCAAAAGUUCCUUGACAUCCCUUAA